AACAGCAAAUAAGAAGGAGCAGUAGUGCAUUGUGGGUAGCAAGCGGGAACAAUCGGAGAAUUUUUAGCAGUAGACGAGUUUUCGAACAAUUAUCAGCCCAGUAACGAGACGAGACGAAAGUCUUAAGACGUGAAUUGAAAGACUUGCAGAAGUUACUCUACGCAAAAUGUCUAUCGGCGUACCCAUAAAAGUUCUGCAUGAAGCAGAAGGACACAUUGUCACAUGCGAAACCAACAGCGGAGAAGUGUACAGAGGAAAGUUAGUAGAAGCGGAGGACAACAUGAACUGCCAGAUGGCCAAUCUCACGGUGACGCACCGAGAUGGCAGGGUGUCUCAGCUGGAACAGGUCUACAUUCGGGGCAGCAAAAUCCGCUUCCUCAUUCUGCCGGACAUGUUGAAGAACGCGCCCAUGUUGAAAAGUAUGAAGAACAAGAACCAGGCCGCUGGAGCUGGCAGAGGGAAAGCUGCCAUCCUCAAAGCACAAGUGGCUGCAAGAGGUCGUGGUAGAGGAGGAGGUGGCAGAGGGAACAUCUUCCAAAAGAGGCGAUGAUUAGUUAUUACAGUUUUAUUUUCAACAGUAAAGUUGAAAAUAAAGAGGUUUUUUUUUUGUGUGUGUCCCUUAUGAGAGGUCAUGCUAUUUUGUCCUUUUUUGGGCUAUUGAGUUUUUACAGUUCUGAUUUCCUAGCCUUCUUGAUUAUUUGGUCAUGUCAAUGUUUUUAUUUGUAUUAAACAACAAGAAGCUAUAAAAGCU